AUGUCUGCACACGAACCGCAUGAGGAGGACAACGUCCCCGAGGACGACGACGAGAUGUUCAACCCCGAGGACAUGGAGGAAGAGUUCGAGGGCGAGGGCGAGGACAUGCCCAUGUCCGACGACGAAGAAGGAGGAGCCAUGGAGGAGAUUAUGCUACAAAACGACAGCAUUGCACACUUCGACGGACACAAGGACAGCAUCUUCUGCAUCGCCCAACACCCCACCCACCCACAACUCGUCGCGACUGGCGGCGGUGACGACGUAGCAUACCUCUGGGACUGCUCGCCGCCGCAAGCUCCUGUCCUGCCUGCCUCGUAUGAGAGCAAUCCUCAACCCGUCGAACGCCAUGGUCAGGAACCCUACGUCAAGCUCGAGGGUCACUCGGAUUCCGUCAACGCCAUCGCUUUCUCGCUGCCCGAUGGCAAGUUUGUCGCUACUGCUGGUCUGGACGGCAGACUCAACAUCUACCAAACACCGCAACAACCGCAAGCCGAGCCCGCAAAGGCCUUUGCGUCAGCCGCAGAGGUCGAGGAGAUCAACUGGCUUUCGGCCUGCCCUAACCCUACAUACCCGAACACAUUCGCUCUCGGCGCCAACGACGGCAGUGUCUGGGUCUACACACUCAACGAGCAGGACGGCACGCUCACCAUCGUCCAAGCCUUCUACCUCCACCAGGCCUCGUGUACAGCUGGUGCGUGGACACCUGAUGGCAAGCUCCUUUGCACCGUCUCCGAGGACGCGAGCUUGCAUGUCUGGGAUGUAUUCGGUGAUGCCGCAGCCGCUGGUCUCGCAAAUCCUGCCGGUCAGGCUGUUGUCAGUUUGACUGGCGAUGACGAGCGUUUCCUCAUCGAGGGUGGUCUGUUCAGUGUUGCUGUUUCGCCCGGCGGUGCUCUCGUUGCAGUCGGAGGUGCCGAGGGCCAGAUCCGCGUGGUGGGUCUGCCUCGUCUGUCCGCUGGCGGUUCCAAGCAAGCAGCUGCUCGUGGCGGUCAAUCCAGCGCUGCAGCAGGACAAUCCGGAGUCAUUCUCGCCGCUCUGGCCGCACAAUCCGACGGCAUCGAAACCCUGUCUUUCGCACAACCACCAUUGACGCUGCUCGCAGCAGGCAGUGUAGAUGGCAGCAUCGCACUCUUCGACGUCGCGCACAACUUUGCCAUCCGCCGCCAUAUCAAAGACGCUCACGAGGAAGAAGCAGUCAUCAAAGUCGAGUUUGUGAAUGCAGGUCAAGGUGGCAACAACUGGAUGCUCACUUCGUGUGGCAACGAUGGUGUGGUGAGGAGAUGGGAUGUCAGGGGCGGUACUGCUGCUGCUAACGGCGGGUUAAGUGGUGAGUGGAAGGGUCACCGGGGUGGUGGUGAGGGAGGUGGUGUUAUGGGUUUCGUUCAGGGAGGUGGUGGCAGGGCUAUUGUUACUGCUGGUGAUGAUAGCGUAUCGCUUGUUUUCAAUGCGCCUCCGCAAUGA